AUGGCUGUCGUCGCGCACGCAGGUCUGGCGACGGGCUCGACGGAAUACGAGGAGGUGCUCGGGUGCCUCGCGUCGCUGAUAACGCAGAAGGUGCGCACGGACACCGGCAACCGCGGCAACCAGUGGGAGCUCAUGGCCAAGUACGUGCAGAUACUUGAACUGGAGGAGUCCAUCGCGCAGUUGAAAGUGGUUCACGUUGCUGGGACCAAAGGAAAGGGUUCAACAUGCACAUUUGCUGAGUCAAUCCUUCGAUCAUGUGGUUUCCGCACUGGGCUCUUCACUUCACCGCAUUUGAUGGAUGUCCGCGAGCGAUUUCGGCUUGAUGGGCUGAGCAUUUCGGAAGAAAAGUUUAUUAGGUAUUUCUGGUGGUGCUGGAACAAACUGAAGGACAGGACUGGUGAUGAUGUACCAAUGCCAGCCUACUUUAGGUUCCUUGCACUGCUAGCAUUCAAGAUCUUUUCAGAUGAGCAGGUGGAUGUCGCGGUGCUUGAGGUUGGUUUGGGAGGGAAGUAUGAUGCAACGAAUGUGGUCAGAGCACCUGUCGUUUGUGGAGUAUCAUCCCUUGGGUAUGAUCAUAUGGAAAUUCUUGGAAACACACUUGGAGAAAUUGCUGGAGAGAAGGCUGGGAUUCUUAAGAAAGGAGUUUCAGCGUAUACAGUUCCACAGCCAGAAGAGGCAAUGUAUGUACUGAUGCAGCGAGCUUCUGAGUUGGGUGUUUCUCUUCAAGUAGUCCAGCCUUUGGACCCACAGAAAUUAGAGGAUCAACCUCUUGGACUCCAUGGUGAACACCAAUACAUGAAUGCAGGUUUUGCAGUUGCAUUGGCUAAUACCUGGCUUGAGAGGCAAGGCCAUUUGAACAGAAUACAUGUCAAACAUUCUGGCACCUUGCCAGAUCAGUUCAUCAAAGGGCUGUCAAGUGCUUGUCUGCAAGGUCGAGCACAGAUUGUUCCAGAUCCACAAGUGAACUCAGAAAACGAUAAGGAUCAUGAUUCUUCAUUGGUUUUCUAUUUGGAUGGGGCACAUAGUCCAGAAAGCAUGGAAAUGUGUGCAAGAUGGUUUGCCCACGUUACAAAUAAGGAUGGAAUGCAGUCAGGUUCUUUGGAGCAGCCUCAUACUGACAGGGAUUCUAGGAAGUUUCUCCUUUUCAAUUGCAUGACUGUAAGAGAUCCUCAGAGAUUGCUCCCACGUCUUCUAGAUACAUGUGCUCAAAAUGGGCUCCAGUUUGAGCAGGCCUUAUUUGUGCCAAACCAAUCACAGUACAACAAGCUUGGUUCCCUUGCAUCCCCACCUUCAGAGCGUGAACAAAUUGAUCUGUCAUGGCAGUUGUCACUCCAAAAGGUGUGGGAAAACCUGCCUCAUGGCAAUAAAGGUCUAAAUGAUGCAAACUCUAGCAGAACUAGCUCAGUUUUUGAAUCUCUUCCGUUGGCAAUUAAAUGGCUAAGGGAAACUGCUCAACAAAACCAAUCCAUUCAAUUUCAGCACUUAGACAUCCUAUCAUGUGCAUCUAGAGUGUUCGGUCCAUUAUUCCCUCAGUACAAGGUUAUUUCAUGGACUUGCAGAAUUGAGUGCCAGUGUAUCACAUUUUCUGCAGUAACCGUCACUGAUUCAUAUGUAUUUUUCGGCAGCAUUCCCCAUUGGAGAGUAGCUGUCGACAUCAGUGGUUGUCCUGGGUUUCCCUGA